AUGGAGAACUUACACGCUCCAACAAUCCCUGCGGGACCUACGAGCACGCCUACGACCAACGGGACCAGCAGCCACCUGAGCUUCGCCGAGCUCCAGCAAAAGAAGGACAAUGUUGAAGCAGAGCUGAAAGCCCUCGGUGGCGUUCUCGUCUCUCAUGGCGUUGACAUGAGCACGCCUCUUCUUACGAGAGAUGGAUUUCCGCGCUCUGACCUUGAUGUUGCCCAGAUUCGGACCACAAGAGCGCGCAUAAUCCGUCUAAAGAAUGACUACAAGGAGAUUAUGGCCAAUGCUGAAAAAUUCUUGCACGAGCAUUUUGCAAAUGCAGCAGAGAGCGGAGAGUCCGGAACACCAACAGCCAGCACAUCGACCAUAUUGCCCGACAGCGAUACGCAGUCUCUUGAGGCGCCAUUUGCCAAGGUUAACGCCGUUUCUGCCAAUAGCCCGGCUGAGCUCUCGGGCCUCAAGGCGGGCGAUGAGAUCCGCAACUUUGGCUAUGUCAACUGGGCAAAUCACGACGGCCUAAAGAAGGUUGCGGAAUGUGUCCAGGGCAACGAAGGGAGCAACAUAUUCAUUCGGGUGUCACGAACCUCUGGUGUUGCGUCGCGGGAAGAGCUGCGGUUAACACUCACGCCGCAGCGGAACUGGGGAGGGCGAGGCAUGUUAGGCUGCCACAUUACGCCAAUGUGA